AAAAUUAAAUUUUAUUUCUUGAGGUUGAUCAUGAUGACUAACUUGUAACCAAUAAGUCAGAGACAGAAAAAGGUAAAAUAGUAAUUUAUAUUAGGCGUAUGCUUUGGUUGCAAGUUUUGUUGAUGAUUACAUCUCCCAUCCAUCCACUGCUACAAUUAUGCAGAGCCUCACGCUGUCCACUUUCAACAACAAAAAAAAGAAGAAAAGAAAAAGCAUAUGUCUAUUAAACACUAUCAUUAGGCAUUAGCACUAUAGACAAGUAGUUGCUUCCUUAAUGCAAAGUUAAAAAUACCAACCAAUUCAUUCUUCACAAACAAGCCUUCCAACAAUCUCUGAAUUUCUUCCUUCUUUUUUUCGCAAACAAAAAUAAUGUUAUACAGAGCUAGGAGUAUUACUAGUAGGUUCUCUGAUAAAAUGAGUACAAGUGUACCGGUUGAAGUAGGCACAAGGGGAACUAUAGGAUCACUUUUGAAGAAAGAGAUUGAGUAUUUCAGAAAAGUUGAGGUGGAUUCUUGUAAAGGGAGUUCUAAUAAUAAAUCUCAGAAGAACUCAGUGGAAAUAGAUUCAUGUGGUGGUAAUUCUUGGCCUAGUUUCGGGUUCUUGAUGAUGAAAUGGAAAAAGAAGAAGAGAAGAGGUACUGGAGGUGGAUUACCUGCAAUGUGUUCUAUGGUUGAAGUUUCUGAGAGUUGUAAGAUGAAUGAAAUUCCAGGUUUCAGCUAUAGAAAUCUCAAGGUUGAUUCUAAGAGAUUUGAGGAAGAGAUAAUGCUCUCAUAGGAGCUUUCAAUUUUUCGUGUCAAGUCUGAAUUCUGUUCAUAUUCUUUAGCCAAAUAUCUUGUGCUUUCUGUUUGCCUUCAAUUGCUUGGAAUUUGAGAGAAUUGUCUAUCAUCUGGACUUCUUGUUUUAGCAAGAGCAGGUAAUACCUUUGCCAGUUAGGCCUGAAAAGUUACAUGUAUAAACUAUAGAUGACGAGUACGUAUAGAAUAUGAUUUAAGUUUCAUC